GCAACUUCCUGUUAUUCAUUCAAAACUCUAAACUGAGGUCGUUUUUCUGCUCUGUCAUUUUUUACAGGGUCGGAAGUGGGGAUUUUUAAGGUUGUUGUCGGAUCAAUCGUGAGUUUGUCCAGUUGUUCAACUGCUGCGGAAACAAACCGUGGUCAGCGGAGGACAUCUGUCAGCUAAUGCUAGUUGCUCAUGCUAGCUAGCUACAGUAUUUACCUGACGGUCCUGAGGGGCUCCACACCUCUGAACAUCCGCCUGUGGUGACAGCGAGCAGGCUUCAACAAACCGGAAGGCUUUAGGUCGGUGAACAACACCGGGUAUUCACUUUCAACAUGGCCAGUCUGCUUUCGGUGCAGUGCGUCGCCUCCCUGAGGAGAAGCGGAGGUCUGGCUCACCUCAGGACCUCAGCACUGGGUGUCAGUAAGCGAAACUACAGCAAGAAAGAAGCGUCUCCUUCCGAGUUCCUCCACCGAAGUGUGGUGCCAUCGAUGCACUACCAGAAGAGUUUACCCAGGCUACCCAUUCCAAAGCUGGAGGAGACUAUGAAGAGGUAUUUAGCUGCCCAGAGGCCUCUGUUGGAUGAUGACCAGUUCAGAACAACAGAGAAACUUGCACAGGAUUUCCAGACUGGUGUGGGGAAACAGCUGCAUGAGGAAUUGGUAGCCCAGGAUAAAAUAAAUAAGCACACAAGCUACAUCUCAGGACCAUGGUUUGAUAUGUACCUGUCUGCUCGUGAGUCUGUGGUGCUGAACUUCAACCCCUUCAUGCACUUCAAUCUGGACCCUAACACAGAGUACAAUAACCAGCUUGUACGGGCAACUAAUAUGGUGUGUUCAGCGGUUCGCUUCAUGAAAACACUUCGAGCUGGAGUACUAGAGCCUGAGGUUUUUCACCUAAACCCAGCAAAGAGUGACACAGACGGAUUCAAAAGGUUCAUCCGCUGGGUCCCGUCCUCUCUGUCUUGGUAUGGAGCAUACAUGAUGAAUGCUUACCCCCUGGACAUGUCUCAGUACUAUCGCCUCUUUAACUCAACUCGGAUUCCGAAAUGUGGGCGGGAUGAGCUCUUCACUAAUGACAAAGGGCGACAUCUCUUAGUUAUGAGAAAAGGCAACAUGUAUGUGUUUGACAUCGUAGACAAAGAUGGGAAUUUAGUGAAGCCUGCAGAGAUCCAGUCCCACUUACAGUACAUUUUGUCUGAUCCGACACCAGCGCCCGCCUUCCCUCUUGGGGUGCUGACCAGUGAGAACAGGGAUACGUGGGCUGGGCUAAGGGAAAAACUGAUAGCUGCUGGAAACGCAGAGAAACUAAAUCUCGUUGACAGCGCAAUUUUCUGUUUCUCUCUGGAUGAUGAGACCAUGCGAGACCAUAUUCACAUCUCCCACAACAUGCUGCACGGUGAUGGCUGCAACCGGUGGUACGACAAGUCCUUCAGCAUCAUUCUCACCAAGGAUGGUCAGGCAUCCAUUAAUUUUGAGCACUCAUGGGGCGAUGGCGUAGCUGUGCUCCGCUUACAGAAUGAGAUCUUCAAAGACACCACGGAGCAGCCACUGGUGCACCCGGGCUCUGCUGCUGCUGCUGUAGAUUCGGCCUCUGCUGUGCGCAGACUGGAGUUUAGGCUGGACAGUGAGCUGGAAAAUGGCAUCAAAAAAGCAAAAGAGAACUUUGAUUCAGCUGUGUCAGUACUCACUAUUGAUGCCAUGGAGUUCAAGAAGGGUGGGAAGAAACAGCUAAAGAAGAGCAAGUUGAGUCCAGACGCUAUAGCCCAGCUGGCUUUUCAGAUGGGCUUCCUGAGGCAGUAUGGAGAGACAGCGGCCACAUACGAGUCGUGCAGCACCGCAGCAUUCAAGCAUGGCCGCACAGAGACGAUCCGACCGGCUACCUCAUUCACCAAACAGUGUGCCCAAGCAUUCGUUUGUCAGCCAGGACAACACAGUGUGGAGCAACUGCAGGCCAUGCUCCAUGACUGCUCCAAAUAUCAUGGACAGCUCACCAAGGAAGCAGCUAUGGGCCAAGGUUUUGAUCGACACCUCUUUGCCCUUCGAUACUUGGCAAAUUCAAAGGGUCAAGCUCUGCAAGACCUGUACAAUGACCCUGCUUACGCUGCCAUCAACCACAACAUCCUCUCGACCAGCACCCUCACCAGUCCAGCCGUGAACCUCGGCGGCUUCGCCCCAGUGGUGCCUGAUGGGUUUGGCGUUGGCUAUGGGGUCCAUGAUGACUGGAUCGGCUGUAAUGUGUCCAGCUACCCUGCUCGCAACGUCCAUGAAUUCCUGCAGUGUGUCCACAAGUCUUUAGAGGACAUUUUCACAGUCCUGGAGGGAAAGCCACUUAGUUAAGAAACAAUGGUUAAGUUUGUUUUAUUUUGCUUGGUUUCUGGUUAUGAUGCAGUAAGUAAUAAGAUAAAUAAUUUAUAAGCCAUUGGAAAAUAAAAGAUGUCAGCAUUUGGGUUUUAAGUUAUGUAAAAAAGCAAAUGCUGCAGUUUGGAAAUUACAGGUUUAAUGAAGUGUCAUUAUAAUCAAAACAGAUGUGAAAUGAAUAGGUAGCUUUCCGCAUUCAAUUGUAGACAGUAUCCACUUUAAUUUAUGGUACAAUGAACAUCAAAGAGAUCUUUCUUUUAAGUUGUGAUUGAAUUAAACAGCUACACCUUGGUAUACCUGUACUGUAGCAUCAUGUGAAGGGCUGGCUAACUUCUCUGUUUUAGCAACAUGUGAAACAGUGUCAGCUAAGACUUAAAAGUGCUGGUCACAAAACGGAUGCAUUUAAUUAUUUUAGAUGUAGAACUGUCUGCAAUUACAGUAUAGAGACAAAUGCUGUGCCUAAUCAAAAAGCAUUAACUAAUGUCUCUAUAAUACAUGUUAUUUAAGUUAUCAGUCUUUCACAUGUAGCCUUAUUGAUGUGGGUGAAUGCAAGUUGAAAUUAAACCUAAUUAUUCCAAAAAGAA